GUGUGUGUGUGUGUGCGUGCGUGCGUGCGUGCGUGUGUGUGUGUGUGUGUGUGUGUGUGUGUAGUUUAGUGCUCCCAACCCUCCUCUUUGUGUGUGCGCAGUGAUGUGAGGCUGUGUCAAGGUGCAGCGUGAGGAACCACUUUAAGUCAGCAAAACGGGAUCCAGCCCAUGAGACUGGAUGUGUGUGUGUGUGUGUGUGUGUGUGAGUGUGUGAGUUUAGUUGAUAACUGGGCUAUGAAGGAGAGCUGUUUGAGACUGGGUUGACUCGUGCAGGACAGGAAGAUCUGUAAGAGGAGCAGCCAUGGGGCUCGGACAGUCCAGCAAGACGCCGGUCACUGAUGACACAGACGAGGUCAAUUUUGACCAUUUUCAAAUCCUGAGGGCAAUAGGAAAAGGGAGCUUUGGAAAGGUCUGUAUAGUGCAGAAGAAAGACACCAAGAAGAUGUAUGCCAUGAAGUACAUGAACAAGCUGAAGUGUGUGGAGCGGAACGAAGUGAGGAACGUCCUGAAAGAGCUGCAGAUCAUGCAGAACCUUGAGCAUCCUUUCCUGGUGAACUUCUG